CGCAGAGCGAAAGCGCAUCCUGUGGCCGCCAGCGGAGACGCGGGGCGGGCUGUGGCAAUGUUGUGAUGUGAUCUAAUGCGGGCGGCCGGCUGCAGCUACGGGCGGACUUGGCGCUUAAAAGCGGCUGACGACGUCGGCCCCGCUCACCAUUGUGUGUCUGAGUGCAUAUGUGCGCGUGUUUGUCGUCCUGGGAGCGGAGGCGCAGAAGCCCGGAGGCUGAGUGAAGCGGUGACCUUCAGAUGAAAACACCUCAGCCCGUGUAAACAAGCUCUAUCACCGCAGUGUAUUCCCAGUCAGCCAUGACGUCGGUACAAAAUCCUCCACUCUCCCGCUCUGGCUCCUCCCCUUCAAAUGUGGGUUUGGCCAACCGAAAUGGCCCCUCCUCCACCCCGCCCACCUCCCUCAGUCUUCGUUCAUCGUACAACCAGCUGCUGGGGCGGGAUGUCAUCAAGGAGACCGCGGAGACGGGAAGUUCGGCCACCUUGCCAAAGAGCCGUCAGAGGUACACAAUGACCAGCGUGCGGAGCGCCAUGGGGAUAAAUGACAACCUGUCCUUUAAAAACCAACCUGGGACCAGAGGGAGGGGCCUCCCCACCAAGUCCUCCUCCAGCUCAGCACUCUACUCCUCCUCUUCCUCCUCCUCGCUGUUUAACGCCACCAACCCCAAACUGGCUAAGAAUGGGGCCAACAUGCAGAGACGAGCCGAGAGCCAGCAACUGGAACUCAGCCGGGCCAGCACUGAGGGCAAAAUACACAAUGACCUCAUCAAUAACCCAACCUCGGAUUGGCUGGAGUUCGAGAAAGACAACUCGCUGCAGCCUCCAUUCCGUCGGAGGACCAAGAGCUUCUUGGAGUACCACGGGAAGGGCUGGGAUCUAGACCUCAACACAGGAAACAAAGAGGAGAAGGAGGAGAAGAAGCAGCAGCAGUGUUCUCCAGAGAAAGAGCAGGCCAGUCCUGCCAAAGAGAGGGAGAGCCAGAAGGAGGAGAAGCCCAGGACCAAGCAGACCUGUCAGGAGGAGAGGGAAGAGGUGGCACCGGUGGUGGAGGAGGAGGAGGAGGAAGAAGAGGAAGAUGACCCUACACCUGCCACAAGACAACCCCUGUUACCAGUGGUGGUGGAAGCCCCACUUUCCUCCACGUCCUCCUCUUCCUCCGCCAGCCCAGAGUGGAUCCCUGACAACCACAACCUCCUUCAGAACCAAGCUCCAGCACAUGUCAGAGAGGAGCUCUGUGUCCAGGCUCCGGCUGCUAGUCCACGCAGUCCUGCAAAGCCCCCUCGCAGCACCCAGCCCCGCGUGAUUAAGGUGGAGCUGCACCCCAACAAUGAGAACCAGUUCCUACAACAGUACCCACCCUCCUCCCCCAAACAGGCAAGAGCUGCAGAGAGGAACACCCCAACCAGGAGCCGAGCACCAUCCACCCUGCCCGAGCCAGAACUAGAACCAGAACCAGAACCGGAGACUGGACUUCCCAAAGUGGGUUUAAGAAUGGACAUGACUCCAGAUUCUCCAUCAGAGGAUGAAGACUCCAGCUGGACCACCCUGUCCCAGGAGACACCGUCUCCUCAGACUCCACAGGAAGCAGCAGAUGUUUGGAGUGAAGGCGACCUGCCACCAGGCUGGCGGGAGAUCUCCGACUCCUCAGAAGUCUAUUUCUGGCACGUCCCUACCGGCACCACACAGUAUCACCGACCUGUUGCCGCAGGCAACCAGUACACCGAGCCUGACGCUGAGAGUGACCCACAGCAGGAAUCGCAGCGCUCCCUCGAGCCGCCCGCUGAGCGCCCCAGCAGUCUGAUAUCCGACAGCUCGGUUGAGCCCGUCCCCUCCCCGUCGGGCUCCUGCAUCUCCUCCUCCUCCACCCCCUCGAAUGAUGUCACCUCUUGUGAACCAGAUCUCAGCACCACCACCUGCACAGCCAAUGAGCUGAAAGACUAUCCCGUGUAUCCAGAUCCCAGUCUGAAGGCAUUUGAAGGCGCUACCCUCCGCUAUGCUUCACUGAAACUCAACCCCCCAGCCCAGUUAGAGACAGUCGACCUAAACAAUGCUUUCUCCAAUCCAGAGGAAAUGUCAUUUCCAGUUCGGUCUCUGGGCUGGGUGGAGAUGGCAGAGCAGGACCUGUGUGAGGGGAAAAGCAGUGUGGCCGUCCACCACUGCAUCAGACAGCUGUCCUACUGCAGGAGGGACAUACGAGACUCAGCCGGGGUCUGGGGAGAGGGUAGAGGGAUGCUGCUGGUGCUUCAAGACCGCAUGCUGACCCUUGUUGACCCCGAUGAUCACAGUCUGCUUCACUCUCAGCCAAUCAGCAGCAUCCGUGUGUGGGGCGUCGGGCGCGACCACGACAGGGAUUUUGCCUACGUGGCCAGAGACAAGAACACACGUGUGCUGAAGUGCCACGUGUUCAGAUGUGAUACUCCCGCUGCAGCCAUUGCCACAAGUCUCCACGAAAUCUGCUCCAAGAUUAUGGCUGAAAGGAAAAGUGCCAAGGCUGCAGCUGGCAGCUCCUCCCAGACCAGCUCUGAUGUACCGCUGCAAGAGUUUCCAAUGCCAAAGACUGAGUUGGUGCAGAAGUUUCAUGUUCUGUAUCUGGGUACGACAUCUGUGUCUCGACCUAUAGGCAUGGACGUUAUCAACGGGGCCAUCGACAGCCUCAUGUCCACCACAGGCAAAGAGGACUGGACUCCUGUUAUCCUCAGUAUUGCUGACACGACUGUGGCUGUGAUCAAAGAGAAGGAGGAGGACGAGGAGGCGCUGGUGGAGUGCCGCGUCCGUUUCUUGUCCUUCAUGGGCAUUGGACGAAACGUGCACACGUUUGCCUUCAUCAUGGACACUGGGAACCAGCACUUCCAGUGCCACGCGUUUUGGUGCGACCCCAACGCGGGCUGUGUGUCUGAGGCUGUGCAGGCAGCAUGUGUGCUGCGCUAUCAGAAGUGUCUGGUGGCGCGGCCGCCCUCCCAGCGCGCCUGCUCUUCCACUUCGCCCACCGCCGAUUCCGUGACCCGGCGGGUGACCACCAGCGUGAAGCGUGGCGUCCAGUCUCUCAUAGGCACUCUGAAACCCAAGAAGCAGCCGUCAGAGCUCCCCUAGCACCGCCAGCGAGUCGCCAGAACUCUCCCAGCACCAGUGACCACAGCACCACCCAGCCAACGCCUGGAUGCCACUCACACAAUCGCCACAACCAGACCUAAUCAGUGCCAGUCAUGGUAACCAAUGAUGUACAUACAUGUUAACAAACACCACCUCAGAUGACGGGAAGAAGAGCAGCCCUCGAAAAGUCCUGACGAUUAAAAAAAGAAAAAUACAGAGAGUUUGCUGAUGACGUUGGGCAUCGCUGGUUGAACUAAAACCUUUAAAUGCUAACGUGCCCAAGUGGGAACCAUCCUGUGGAUAUUUGGGGCUGGAUGGAUUACUUGAUCGAGCGUUCUACAGACAGGACACAGGAGUUAGCUAGAAGAUAAAAGAUUGGUUUGUUUGACCACUCAUUGGUUUACUUUGUUUUCUUUCCUCUGUCCCCUUCUGUAAAACAUAUUCAUACAAACACAGUGGCAGCAGAGAUGCUCAGCCACAGGAGGAAAAAAGGUGACGUCCCCCUGUGAAGGGAAUCUGACAGGUGAAGAAGAAAAGACGAGACAGACGGGACCCGUCGGCUCCAGCUGCCAAAAAAAAAAAUGGCAUAAAAAUAUUUUGAUCCUAUGUGAAAAAAAAAAAAAUACACUCGAUAUCUCCUCUGAGGAUAAAUGAAGAGAUCGAGUCGAGAGAAUUCAGGGCACAGAUCUUGUAGAUAUGGAGGAGUGGAGUGUGCUGUUGGUGACCGAAAAUGUGAUAGAUGUGGGUUUGAGUUUUGCAUGUUUUCUCAACGGGAUGUGUUUUGGGUUUCUUUUAUGUUAAUGACUUAAUAAUGGUCACAUGACAACACAAUAAACAGCACAAGUGAUAACUAGUUUUUACACUGGCAGAGAGGAAAACGUGGAUAAACAGGCCUAUUUUAACCCAUAACUGCGUAAAAGGUAAUUUACAGAAAUACGAUUGUGACUCGUUUUUUUUCUUCACUCUCCAUUCCUUAUUGAAAAGCUUGGAAAUGUUGUUUUUUUAAUGUAAUUUGAAGCAUUAAAUUAGUAAAGAUUGUUGGUUUUUGCAUACCUAAAAGGAAAAAAAAGGAGUUUAAACACUCAAGAAUGUCACACGUCUCAUGUUCAAACGUAACAAUUUCCUCAGGAAUCUUUAUGCAUAAACACGAGAUAUAUAUGUAUACGUAGUAGUAAGAAACUAAAGAUCCAGGUUUUGUCUUUGGCAGACGUGACCAGCUCGCGGCUGCUCGAUCCGUUGUGGUAUGAAAAGGUGUUUGUCCUGCCCGCGAAGCACGGGCAAGACAAAAUAACGUGCCAUACAGUAAAGGGUUAACUGUCACCUCCUCGGUAAGCCAGUCGCUCAAAGACAAAUAGACGCCCACAAAUGUGCACAUACAGCAGGUGGAGAAAAGAAAUGUCUGCUGUCACUGCUUUGAAAGACUUUACACCGCUCCUUUGGCUCGGAGCCGCCACUUGCACUCGACGUGAACUCUGUGAAUGCAGUCGAAUCUAAAGGAAACACACACACACACACACACACACA